GUGGACUUAGACACUCAGACAUAGGGACCCGGCUCUUGCCUAGAUCAACCCCUCCUCCCACUCACCACUUAGCAUCCCCUGUCCAGGUCUCCCAGGUGUAACUCCUCUUUCUCCUUGGGCUUGGGCUGCCUUCGGAAGCCAGAGUCAGCUCUCUACACCUUUAACAGUCCCUCCACAGGAAUUCACCCCUUAGCACAAACCCGAAUUCCAAUCUCAACUCCAUCCCAGACGGUUCUCCAUCCCUUGGGGCCCCACCAUGGAGAAAGACUUCCAAGACAUCCAGGACCUGGGCCCUGAGGACAACGACCAUCCGCUCAGUGGUGAGGAGGAUCAGGGCGCUUGCGUGCAGAACCCCAGGACAGAAAACCCAUUCUGGAAAGGGCGGCCUCUCUCCACGCCCUUUCCACAGCGCCUCUGCUCCACACUCCACCUCAGUCUGCUUGUCCUGGCCUUCAAUGUCCUCCUGCUGGUGGUCAUCUGUGUGAUUUCAUCCCAAAGCAUGCGGCUGCAAGAGGAGUUCCGGAACCUGAAAGAAACUUACAUCAACUUCUCCUCCAGCACCCUGAGGGAGCUCCAGGCUCUGGGCGCCCAUGGAGGUGGCAGAGAUGACAAGCUGACCUCCUGGGAAUCCAAAGUGGAGAAAAAGCAUCAGGACCUAAGGGCAGAGCACUCCACUGUGCUACAUCACCUCAAGCACUUCCCACCGGAUCUGCGAACCCUGACCUGCCAGCUGGCGUUCCUCCAGAGCAAUGGCACAGAAUGCUGCCCCAUUAAUUGGGUGGAGCAUGGGGGCAGCUGCUACUGGUUUUCUCAGGCUGGGCUCACCUGGGCCGAGGCGGAGGCAUACUGCCAGCUGGAGAAUGCCCACCUGCUGGUCAUCAACUCCUGGGAUGAGCAGAAAUUUGUUGUGAAGCACACAAGCUCGUUUCACGUUUGGAUAGGUCUCACAGACAGGGGUGGCACCUGGAAAUGGGUGGAUGGAACCGAAUACAGAAGCAACUACAAGAAUUGGGCCAUCGGCCAGCCAGAUAACUGGCAGGGACAUGAACAGGGUGGCAGCGAGGACUGUGUGGAAAUCUUCUCAGAUGGCCGCUGGAAUGACAACUUCUGCCAGCAGGUGAACCGCUGGGCGUGUGAGAAGAGGCGCAAUGUCACUCACUAGGAGCCUGUUCCGCCGUGUCUCCCCGCCCACACACCUUGUCACCACAGCUCCUUGGGGGGGGGGGCAUAUUAAAGCACGGA